AUGCCGCGUAUCCAUCCAGGACUGAUUCGCAGAACCCAUGCAACUAGCCCGCUCGUCGCGAGAUUGCUGCCAAUAUGUAGAGAUCUACGCUCGAGCUACCGGGAGCUGACCUGGCUGAGGGAUCAUGCACAACAUAUCUGCAGAAAUGCUCCUCUACAGAACGCCAAUCGACUACUCCAAAGCUAUGUUCUAAGAAGAUCACGAGGCGAACCAUUGCAAUACAUCUUGGGGACUGAGUACUUCGGUCCGCUCGAGAUUCAAUGCCGACCUGGCGUAUUGAUCCCAAGACAAGAGACUGCGGCCUCUGUCACACAUCUCGUCAACCUUCUCUCUUCUGCCGGCAAGACAUUACCUCCUCGACUUCGUGUACUUGAUCUUUGCACGGGAACGGGGUGUAUACCACUGUUGUUCCAGCAUGAGUACUAUUUUCGACAUAAGGGCCAGAACGACAGCUUUCCCCGACUGGAUGUUGUGGGCGUAGACAACUCCUCUGUCGCAUUGAGACUGGCCGAGAAGAACAAGCGCCUCCAGCUCGCAGCUCUCAGGUGGAGCUCAUCGAGCACUUCUACAAAGCAUCAAUCUCUGAAAGCCAUGACCUUCAUGUACGCCGAUGUGUUGAGAGGGGAGGAAACUCUCCAGCUGGGUACAUUCGACAUCCUGAUCUCGAACCCGCCCUACAUCUCCAGCACGGACUACUGGCGCAAUACAUCCCCCUCAGUCCGCAAGUUCGAACCACACGAGGCUCUUGUGCCUCCUGCGAACGCUAACGGCUCCUUGAACGACGCUCAUGACGGCGAUUUAUUUUACCACCACCUACAUGAUAUUGCUCUCCGAGUCAAUGCUCAGAUUGUUCUCCUCGAAGUCGCGGAUCUAGAACAAGCCCACCGCGUGUCUCGCGCUCUCAAUGGGCCAUGGGAUGGCGUUGAGAUCUGGCGAGAUGAGCCAGCAGCCCGUGACGAAAAUGAAAACACCGUUUGCAGUAGCCACUUGGGCAGCGCAAGUAUACCAAUCCUCGGCUUGGGGAAUGGAAGGUCGGUUUUCGCUUAUCGUGGCCGCGGUGCAGCUUGGCUUGGAAAGUAA